GUAUAGCAGAAACAAAUUGUGGUGAAAGCAAGGGGCAGUGGUAUAAAGACAAUAAGGAUAAAUUUCAUAUCCACUGUUUGGGUAACAGAAAAGGAACUGGAGUAGCCUUAAUAAUUUCAAAAAUAUUAAAUAAGUAUGUUUGUAAAAAAAGAGAAUAUGAGGGUAGAGCAAUUUGCAUAGAUCUAGUCCUUCCAAGAAAAAUAACAAUCUGCGUAAUGCAAAUUUAUUUACCAAAUAAAAAAAGUGACAAAGUUAAUGUAAUUAACUGGAUUAAAAUUCAAUUAAAUGAAGCUCAAAGGAAAAAGAAAAAAGUUAUCGUGAUGGAGGAUUUUAAUGCAGUACCGUCACCUGCAAUAGAUCGAAAUAACAAUAAUCACUUACAAUUUCCAGAAAGUGAAAUCUUUCCGCUGCUAAGUAGUCAUGAUCUAAUUGAUUGCUAUAGAAUAAUGUUUUCAGAAAACACAGGGUAUACAUGGAAAAGAGAUAAUUCAAAUGAGGAAAGUAGAAUUGACGCAAUUUGGAUGUCACACAGAUG